UAUUUUGUAAUAGUAAAAUAAGUAUAAAAAUCUAGAUAGAAAUCAAGAGAAUUCUAGAAUUCUCACUUGACUACUAUAUAUAUGUGGAGGUUGUAUCAAUUGUUAAGAAUGAAGUGAAUUGAAGAGAAGAUUGUGUUAGCAAACUCCAAUCCUCCCACUCAAAUUCUUAAGCACACACACGUCCACAACCAAUUUCUCUAAAUUUCCUCCUACCAAUUAAAUAAAUUCUCCAUUAUAUAUACUUAUAUUCCAACAAAGUGGUAUCAGAGCCAUAAAAUCCUACCUGUGGAAUGGCCAACCUACAAUCGUUUCAAGUCCCCAUGCUCAACAAGAGCAACUUCGACAAUUGGAGCAUCAAGAUGAAGGCGCUAUUGGGAGCCCACGACGUUUGGGAGAUUGUGGAGAACGGCUACGAAGAGCCGCAGGACGAGGCCGCACUAUCCCAACAACAAAAGGAUAGAUUGCGAGAUGCGAGAAAGAGAGACAAGAAGGCUCUCUGUCUCAUUUAUCAAGCGCUGGGGGACGACGAUUUCGAGAAGAUCUCGAAUGCGAGUACCGCCAAAGAAGCGUGGGAGAAGCUCCAGAACGCGUGCAAAGGAGCGGAGCAAGUAAAAAAGGUACGACUUCAAACUUUAAGAGGAGAGUUUGAGUCUUUGCAUAUGAAAGAGUCCGAGUCAAUUUCGGAUUAUUUUUCAAGAGUCUUGGCAGUGUCUAAUCAAAUGAAAAGAAAUGGUGAAAAAUUGGAGGAUGUAAGAAUUAUGGAGAAAAUAUUGCGCUCACUAACCCCAAAGUUUGAGCACAUUGUGGUGACGAUCGAAGAAACUAAAAAUUUGGAGGAGAUGACAAUCGAUCUUUUGUUGGGGUCGUUGCAAGCAUAUGAGGAGAAGCAAAAGAAGAAGCAAGAGAUUUCAGAGCAACUUUUAAAGUUGCAAGUAAGCCCGAAAGAGAAAGAAGAAGGUCCGAGCAAUGGCCAUGGACAAUUCGGGAGAGGACGUGGUCAAGGUCAAGAUCGAGGAAGAGGUCGUGGACGUGGACGAGGACGAGGAGGCUUCGUCAACAGUAGUGAAAGAAAGGAGUUUACAAAUGGUCGGGGGAGGAGCAACCCGCAGUCGAGGUACGAUAAAUCUUCGAUAAAGUGUUAUAAUUGCCAUAAAUUUGGGCACUAUGCUUCUGAGUGCAGAAGUGAAAAAUUAAGGAUUGAAGAAAAGGCCAAUUAUGCUGAAAAUACAAGUCAAAAAAUUGGUAGUGUGCUUCUAGCAUACAAAGGAGAAGCUGGAAGACAAGAUGACACGUGGUACCUCGAUACCGGUGCAAGCAACCACAUGUGCGGGAAGAGAAACAUGUUCGUGGAGCUCGAUGAGUCGGUAAGUGGCAACGUCUCCUUUGGUGAUGAAUCUAAAAUUCCUGUUAAAGGAAAAUGAAAAAUUUUAAUCCGCUUGAAGAAUGGAAAUCAUGAAUUUAUUUCCAAUGUUUAUUACGUGCCCAAUAUGAAAAAUAAUAUCUUGAGUUUGGGACAACUCUUAGAGAAAGGUUAUGAUAUUCACAUGAGAGAUUAUAACCUUUCAAUAAGAGAUGGAAAAAAUAAUCUUAUUGCCAAGGUGCCAAUGUCGAAAAAUAGAAUGUUUCUAUUAAAUAUUAGAAAUGAUGUGGCCAAAUGCUUGAAAGCUUGCUAUAAAGAUCCGUCUUGGUUAUGGCACCUACGGUUUGGGCACUUAAAUUUUGGCGGCUUGGAGUUGCUAUCAAAGAAAGAGAUGGUGAGAGGCCUACCAUCCAUCAAACAUCCCGAUCAACUCUGCGAAGGUUGUCUACUCGGAAAGCAGUUCAGAAAGCCGUUUCCAAAGGAGUCAAGCUCAAGAGCUCAAAAGCCACUGGAGUUGAUUCAUGCUGACGUGUGUGGGCCAAUAAAUCCAAGCUCUCUGGGUAAAAAUAAUUAUUUUCUGCUCUUCAUUGAUGAUUUUUCUAGAAAAACGUGGGUAUAUUUCUUGAAGCAGAAGUCAGAGUAUUUGAUGCAUUCAAGAAAUUCAAAGCUGCCGUCGAGAAGGAGAGCGGACAACAAAUCAAGGCCUUGAGGUCCGAUCGAGGUGGAGAAUUCACGUCAAGGGAGUUUCUAGAAUUUUGCGAAGUAAAUGGAAUUCGGCGGCCCCUAACAGUUCCGAGAUCCCCCCAACAAAAUGGAGUGGCGGAAAGAAAAAAUAGGACAAUCAUGGAGAUGGCGAGGAGCAUGCUAAAGACGAAGAAUAUGCCUAAAGAGUUUUGGGCCGAAGCAGUGGCGUGCGCGGUGUACCUAUCCAACCGAUCGCCGACAAGGAGCGUGUGGGGAAUGACUCCACAAGAAGCCUGGAGCGGGAGAAAGCCAGGAAUUUCCCACCUAAAGGUAUUUGGGAGCAAAGCCUACGUGCAUGUAUCAGAUGAGAGAAGGAAGAAGCUCGACGAUAAAAGUGAAGCAUUCAUCUUUAUCGGGUACGACUCUAACUCUAAAGGCUAUAAGUUAUAUAAUCCAAAUACCAAGAAAACAGUGAUAAGUCGAGAUGUGGAGUUCGACGAAGAAGGAGUGUGAGAUUUUAAUCCUAGUGGUGACUUCACCUUCAUCCCACAAUUCGAUGAUGAAAGGACAGUCGAGCAAGUUGGAGAAGUCCAACAAGAGGUAGUGACUCCGCCAGCUUCACCUAUACAAGUUACUGAAGACUCGCCACCAUCUUUCUUAAAUGAAAGAGCCACACCACGAGCAAGGAAUUUGGAUGAGAUAUAUGAAGACACUGAAAGGUUAGAAGAUCUCACCUUGUUUUGCCUAUCUGCUGAUUAUGAACCUGAAGCAGCAAAUAGUGAAAAUUGGCGAGUUGCAAUGGACGAAGAGAUCAAAGCUAUAAAUAAGAAUGAUACGUGUGAGCUCGUGACACUACCGGAAAGGCACAAGGCCAUUGGAGUCAAGUGGGUGCAUAAGGUUAAGAAGAAUUUUAAAGGUGAAGUUGAAAAAUAUAAAGAAAGGCUCGUCGGGAAAGGAUUUCGCCAAGUUCGGAGUUUUGCGCAGAAUGACAAAUCAAGUUUAAGGGGGAGUGUUGGAAUAUAAACUUGAUUUGUAUAGAUAUUUUAUAAAGAGUAUUCUAGAUAUUUUGAAAAGUAGAAGAAAAAAGAAAAAUCUAGAAUAG